AUGCAAUCGGUGGUCGUCGCCUACUCGGGCGGCGUCGACAGCGCGUUGCUCUCCGUGGCAGCCCAUCGUGCGCUGGGCCAGCGCGCCCUCGCCGUGACCGCGAUAUCGCCGGCCCUGGCCGCUCGAGAUCUGGGCGACGCGGAAAGCGUUGCUCAUCAGUUCGGGCUCAACCACCGCGUCAUACACACCGACGAAUUGCAGCGAGAAGGCUACGUGGCCAACUCCCCCCAGCGGUGCUAUUUCUGCAAGACGGAACUCUACGACCAAUUGGCGGCUUUGGCGUCCGCGGAGAGCUACGCAUGGGUCGCCAACGGGGCAAACACCGACGACCUGGGCGACUACCGUCCCGGAAUGACCGCCGCCGCCGAGCACAACAUCCGCAGUCCCAUGGUGGAAGCGGGGAUGGAUAAAGCGCAGGUGCGCGCCGCCGCGCUCUGGCUGGGCGUCCCGUUGUGGGACAAGCCGGCGCAGCCGUGUCUCUCGUCUCGCAUCCCGUAUGGCACGCCGGUCACCGUGGAGUCGCUGCGGCGCAUCGAGGCGGCCGAGGACAUCCUGCGGGACCUGGGCCUCCGCGAGGUACGCGCUCGCCAUCACGACAAGCUGUGCCGCAUCGAGGUGGGCGCCGACGAGAUGGAACUGGCAUUUGCCCACCGCGACGAGAUCACGCGGCGGCUGAAAGAGCUGGGGUAUCUCUGGGUGUCCCUGGACCUGAACGGCCUGCGCUCCGGCAGCCUCAACGACGUGCUGCGGAUAGCCGAGACGGCCCGGCGCCCGUGA